ACAAUUUUUAUAAAAAUUAUUCUUUUUUAUAAAUAAUUCUUAAUCACGAUAUAUUUGCGUAUAAAUAUCUGCUUUGCGAGGAUUACGAUAUAUUCGAGUUUAUCAUCGUGCGAUAUAAACUAUUGUGUACCGUUCUGAACAAUAAUUUCAACAACUAUGAAGUACGUUUUCACGUUCUUCGCGACUUUAAUUGUCGUUGGAGUUUCUGCUAUACCACUUAAUGGCGAUCGUACGAAUUUAUUGAAUGGCAAUAGAUCAGAUAUAUUUAUUAACAAUCUUUUGGGUAUAUUUAAUGGCAAUAAUACGGAAGAAAAUCCUUUGGAUAAAGAUCUUAUUGAUUUCGUACGACUCAUACCUCACGACAAACUAAAGAAAAUUGCAACAAAAUAUUUGCAUGAUACUCAGUUAAUAAAGCAACAUGAAUAUGUAACGAGUGAAGAAUUCCACAACUUGGUAUAUGCUGUCGAAGCCUUACCGGAACAUCAGAGAUAUGUUCUCUAUAUUCAAGAAUCGGGAUACGAUAAAAUUAGAGAACUUAAAGCGAUACAUUCGGCUCUUGGAAUGAAAGAGUAUGUACCACCCAAACCAUCGAAUGAAGUAUUUAAGAAAAACGACGAAAGAAACAAAGGUGGAUUGAAUGGUUUUAUCGAAGAAGUUGUUGCAAUUCUUCCUGUAAAGGAAAUCAAAGAACUUCACGAAAAGAAACUCAAGGAAUCGAAGGCCUUUGCUAAAUUCAGUUCAUAUAUUCUAAGCGAAGAAUUACAAGAGAUAUACAAGGAACUUAGAGACAAAGAACAAAUGAAAGAAAUGUUAGGAGCAUUAAAAAAAAUUGAUAUUGAGUUUAUGGCGAUUUUGGAUCUUCAACUUCGUAUAGUUGGCUUUAGACCAGAUAAUAUGUAUAUAAACACCUGCUUUGCGAGGAUUACGGUAUAUUCGAGUUUAUCAUUGUGCGAUAUAAACUAUUGUGUACCGUUCCGAACAAUAAUUUCAACAACUAUGAAGUACGUUUUCACGUUCUUCGCGACUUUAAUUGUCGUUGGAGUUUCUGCCAUACCACUUAAUGGCGAUCGUACGGAUUUAUUGAAUGGCAAUAGAUCGAACAUAUAUAAUGAAAACUCUUUCAAUAUGUUUAAUGGCAAUUAUACGCCAUCUUUGGAUAAAGAACUCUCAGAUUUCAUGAUACGUAUACCUCUCGACAAACUAGGUGCAAUUUUGGAAAAAUACAAGAAUGAUCCUCAAAUAAUAAAUGGAUAUACUUAUCUAUAUCAUAAACAUUUCCAUGGUUUGGUAUAUGCUGCAGAGGCAUUACCAGAAUACCAUAGAUAUGUUCUCUAUCUUCAAGAAUCGGGAUUAGACGUAAUUAAACGAAUGCGAAUAUUUCAUUUAACAUAUGGAAUGGAAGAUUAUGUACCACCCAAACCAUUGUAUGAACUAUUUAAGAGGGAAGACAAUUUUGAAGGUGGAUUUAAAAAUCUCUUCAAAGAAAUUAUUGCAAUCCUUCCUGUAGAGGAACUGAAGGAACUUCACAAAAGGAAACUCAAGGAAUCGGAGACCUUCAGCAAAUUCGUUUCUUAUGUGUCUGACAAAAAAUUCUCUGAUAUCCGUAAGGAUCUUGGUGAGAAAGAACCAAUACAAGAAAUUAUAAAAUAUAUGAGAUUAGUUGGUAUUGAUUACCUUGAUUAUGAAGAUCUUCUAAAACAUAUAUUUGGUUUCGAAUCAUAAAUUAUUCAAUAGAUUUUUCAUUCAAUAGUUUUAUUCAUUUAGAAUAAAACUGUUCCGUUAUAUAUAUAUAUAUUAAAUAUCCAUUUCUUGUAAUACAAGUAAAAGUAUAUUUUUGGUCACUUUUAA